AUGCGCUGCAUACCAACUACUCAUGAGGCAGUUAAGCAGCUUCUGGAGGAAAAUACAUCAUUAAAGCCUCACGGCUCCAAUGUAAGACAUCAAGGUGUGAAGUACAUUUUCUCGACCCUAGCCAACUCAUUAGAAGAAUUGUUACGUCCACAUCUUGCUAAUGGUGACCGUAUUUCUAAGGUGCAGUGUUGCCGUGCAUACUACACUGUUAUUCUUUUUUCUAGUGGAACUUUGGUUCUCUUCUCGCCGUUGAUACCAGCGCUUCACGGAUCAAUUUUAUCAGACGAAGCAGACCCUGUUGUUGACGUGGCAACUGGAGAUUAUCACAUUGUGUUUUGCACUAAUUCGGGUGCGGUGUAUUCUUGUGGAUAUAGUAAUCGAUAUGGACAGCUUGGUGACGGCACCAUUUGGGAUAAUAUUUCGGAUUCAAAAAAGUUUUCAGUAUUUAACGAGCAAUGCGGAGGUUGCAGCACGCCACCUUUGUUAUCGACCCCGCGUCGCGUGCUUGGGUUCGAUAACCCAAUCCUAUCUCUCAAGAACUUAACAGACAGCGACAGCAAGGAACAGUUGGAUCCCAUGAGAGGGCUUGAGAAGGGUGAAUGUGACACCUCUUCAGGCAUCAGCUCAACCCCCCUCGCAGUCGACAGGCCAUCUGUGCGUAUUUGCGCGGUUUCGUGCGGCGCGGAGCACACCCUUUUACUGUCUGCGUCGCUAAACGGUGUCUAUAGUUGCGGUCGUGGCCACUGUGGGCAGCUCGGUCUCAGGCAGUGUGCUAUCCCUCUGCAGUUAGUGUUUCGGCUCAUUCCCCUUUGUUUUGGGCUACCUAUAAGGCAGAUCUUCGCGACCGGACACCACAGCUUUUUCCUAACUAGCACCGGACGCCUAUUCGGAUUUGGCGAAAACCAAGCUGGCCAGCUCGGUAUUGGGACCACCUCAAAUGCGUUUAUUCCAACGCCGGUUAAGUUUUUAUCUUCACACUGUGAUAAAGCAGUUUUCAAGGGAGGGAUGGAGGGCGCUGCCGAAGAGAGCAUCCCCUUGACAGAUAAAACACCUUUGAAAGGUAAUGCUUGCCCAGUACUGGACUCUAGAGCCUAUACUGCAUUACAUGCGCCAUAUGACUCUCUGGAAAGCAUUUACUACCCGUUUCACAUAAAGCGUCUAGGGGUGGAUCUAGAGCCUGAAGAACCCUUUAUUGAGGCGGUGUGGGGCUGUCCAACAACUACAAUUGCAUUGACCAAACAACUUGAUUGGCUUUCGUGUGGGCUCGCCAUCUCGCGUUCGUGGGCGUCUCAAAGAAGUGUUGGUGAUGUAAACUAUAAGGGUUAUCAUCAUGGAUUGCAUGAGCCCCGCUAUGAUGGACAUGGAGCUCUGGGCAGGCCGCUAUUGCAUAUCGAAGAGGCAUGGCGGUUCGGACAUAUGACCUGGGGUGCGAAUCUGAAGCGCGCUAUGUGCUUGCUUAGUGGCACGAAUGCCGAAAACACAACAACCCCUGCAGCUAAGCCCGUCGAGGCUUCUGUGCGAAAGGGGAGCCUACUAAUAAGCCAGGCAGGUGUCAACAUAAGCGUAGAAUGUGUCAUUUACUCUCAUGUAAGUUUUGUAAAACUUGAGCGGAAGCCAGUGGCUUCCAACAAGACAAAUGAGGACGCUGUGUCUGACAUGAGAAAGGCAAAAUCUUUCAUCUUUAUAGAAAGCAAUGUUUGUGAAGCAACAUUUGAGGGAGCUCUGCCAAUGAAUAUAGGAAAAGAGACAAAGACCAAUUUAGAUUUUAAAAUGCCUGCAGACAAUUAUAAUUUUUUAGCUACUCCGCUUUCGAUGUCUACGCACCUGGUGCUAAAUGAGAAAGAAGAUGGCAUAGAAAAUGAGGUUAUUGUUGCCAGCGCCCGAUCGAAUACUUCAGAGAAUACAAUGUUAAUACCACUCUUUGAGGAAAGUAGUGAUAUCGUAUCCUUAAAAGAAUUCAUUAUCAUGAUGUAA